AUGAAGAACAUCCUUAAGAAGGCCUCGGUGAGCUUCGGGGCCCUGGAUAGGUUCACCAAGAAGGCUGGGGAUAGGGCGCGGUGGAUGUUGAACGUGUUGCGAGCCUUGUUGUUCAGGAGCCGUCCGAAAGCGAGGUCGGCGAUGGCCCAGAGGCACGUCUUGGGUUUUAAGAGUCGUUGUAUCACUCCUGUCCAUUGCCAGGCCCCGGCAGUCUCGAGCUCCCAGGCUCCGAUGGAUCAGGACGCUUUGUUUGCUCUUAGCGCAGACUUGCAGAGCGCUGACGGCGCAGAGGAGCGCCCUGCCAUGGAGCAGGAUGCAGUGGAGGAGCAGCAGUUCCGGCCAACGGGGGAGGAUGCAGUGGAGCAGCAGGUCCUGCCGACGGGGGAGGAUGCAAUCCGGAUGGUUGAGAGGGUCGUCGCUGGCUUUCGGUUCGAGAUGGAUGAGGCCGAAUACAACGGCGGCACCACCAUUAUGCAGCUCUGCGAAGGCCAGAGCCUCAGGGCAGCGCUGCAAGCCUUGUUGACGGCUGGAGAAACCGCGGUGGCCGCGAUUGAUUCGCAUGAUGACAUGUACCGGGUGACCGGGUUCGAUGACGUCAAGAACGUUGUCUUCCUGGCUGGCGGCGGCGGGUCCGAGGAUCUCUCGGAGAUCUCCACCCUGUACUGGGACUGGGGGACGACGUGGGCCGCGGAGCAGGCCGGCUUCAGCGAUUCGGUUCUUCGUGAGUCCCGCCCCCUGGCGCAGGCCUCGGAGAUGGAGGAGCCCGAUGCCGCAGCUGAGCCGGCGACGGAGCAGGCCCAUGCGGCGGGGAAGCCGGGCGAUGAUGUCGCGGCGCCGGCCACGGAGCAGGUGGCAGCGGACCUCACCGAGGCGAUGGCUUCGGCUGACGAUGCGCAGGCCGCAGUGAGCGCUUGGGCGGAUGUGCAGAGCGCCGCCGCGCUCGGCGCCGAUGCUGUGGCCGAGCAGUUCUCGUCCUACAUGUGCCGGCGCUUCGACACUGACGCGCGCCGCGACGAGGAGCUGCGGGCGAUGAUGGACCGGGCGGGGACCGAGGACUGGAGGUGUGUUGCAGCUUGGUCGUUGCUCUGCUCGGCAGAUGGGGAGCUGGCGGUGCACCUGCAGCAGUUCUGCAACAGCAGGGCUCAAGGGUCGCGGACUGCUGCGCUGAUCCUCCAGCGCCUCAUGAAGGCAUCGGGCGCAAAGCAGUGGCAGAACAUCAGCCUCCACACGGAGAGCGAUGAGGGAGCGCGCCGAGGCAUUAAGCGCACUGCUGAGGAGGCGGAGAUCGUGGAGGGCCCGAAGGUCACGGAGGAGAUUGCGGAGGAGGCGAGCGUCGCGGAGGGCCCGAAGGUCCCGGAGGAGAUUGCGGAGGAGGCGAGCAGCGCGGAGGGCUCGAACAUGCCGGAGGAGAUUGCGAGCGUCGCGGAGCCCAUCGGUGAGGUCGGAGCAGGUGACGCCGUAGAUGAUGACGAGCGGGACGCCAAGGUCGAAGAGGCGAUGGAGUGCGAGCUGAGGGAGCACCGGAAGGCCAUCGAUGAGCUCCUGUCGUGUGCAGACUUCAUGAAGGACGAGCAGAUGGAAGAUGAUCACCUGGCGGAGGACGUGUCGACCUCGCCGACUGCCUUCGUCCUCUUCGACCACGUGAAUGCCACGGCGAUGAACCUUUUGGCCUGCAAGGAGCUGUCCAAGAUCCAUCGCUUGGGGCGCACGGGGCCAACGGUGGAGCGAGCCUUGGGCGACAUCCUGGUGCAGUGCAGCAAGAAUGUGCUUCCGGGAGGCGCCAGAACCUACAAGACCAUCUACCACGAGGAACGGCUGAUGGCUGAUCUCAAGGUCAAGGGCCGCCGUCACCCUGGCAAGCCAAGCAAGGACGAGGUCGCAGACUUGAGGCUGGUCGACCCCGGCGUGUGCUCCGGCCAUCUGGCGGCCUCCACCUUCGUCUUUCCUCGCUGGUUUCGGAACUUGUGCAGGGCGGGGCUGAAGGAUCACUACACGUUCGACCUGGCCAACGCCCACGUGUGCAUCCUCGCGGAGCGCCACGACAGCGAGUUCCUCCGGGAGUUCAUCUUGAAUCGCCAGGCGCGCCUGCAGUCCACUCACAGUGAGAGGUGGAUUGCCAAGCAGCUCUUCCUCCGCCUCCUCUACGGAGGCACAGUGCAGGCCUGGAAGAGGGCCCACGGCGUGGACACGAUGAGCUCCGAGGCCUUCUCCUACGCAGAGCGCUUCGCCGCGGAGGUUGAUAAGCUCCGGGACCUGGAUGUGGAGAGAAACAAGGAGCUGUGGGAGGCGCUGCGCUCGCUCUCCCCUCGCCCCGAAGACCUGUUGUCGUACGUGCUGAACACCAGGCGAGAGAGACAGCUGAUAGACCGCGCCGAGAUGAUGAUCAAGACCCAUGGCGGCACGGUUUUGGCGUACGAGCAUGAUGGGCUGUACUUGCACGUCCGAGCGGGGCGCAAGGCAGAGCUCAUGAGCGCCCUCGACAGCGGGCUCGACGGGUUCAAGUACACCUUGGAGCCCCAGCUGUCAGUGGAGGAGGCGUUCGAGGAGGCCCGGCGCGAGAUGGUCGAUGCAGGCGGUCACAGCAGUGAGACCCGGGCGCUCUUCAUGGCUGAGGAUCCGCAGUGGAGGGAGCAUCACAAGUUUGUGAUGACGGCGUUCAAGUCCCCGCGUGGCCAUCACGGGUUGUUCGCCCAGGUCGCGCUGCGCUCGCCGGCCGUGCACUCCCUGGUUCCCCAUCGCAUCCAGGAGGUCGUGCAGGACACCGGGCAUUGCGCAUGGUACAAUGCCCCCAAGAGAGUUUGGAUCCUCGGCGGCACGAUGGCCAUGGACGUGCUGAAGUGGAUGGUGCAGGUGGUCUGCCAGCGCGACCUCUCGGACUACGUCGUGCGCUGGGACACCACAGAGUCCCAAGUGGACCUGGACGUCGACGCCGCCUGGGGCUUCAGCAACGAGACCUUCCGCACCAGCGUGGCGAACGCCAUGAAGAGCUUCUUGGGUGUGCACAGCACGGACUGGGAGCUGGACGGCGACAAGACCCGCCGCUACCUGAACUUCCAGGGCCGCCUCUUCGACCGGGGAUCGAUGGACUUCAUCGACAUGCACCCGGACCACUGCAUCACGCGCUCGACCGACUGGGCGCAUGAGUGGCCUGCAUGGUGGGGCUCGGACGCCCAGGAUCGGCUGGAGGCUGCCCUCCGCGAGGUCAGGAAGCAGCACGACGCCUUCAGAGCGUCGAAGCAGAGUGGGCCGUGCGACCUGGAUGAGAAGGCCUGCGAGAUGCUUGAGCUUGCAGCUUGCGCCAUCCGCGAGCUCGCCGUGCUGCACAGGUGGACGGAGAAUGAUUGGGGCGCCACCGUCCUGGAGCUGGAGCUGAUCGCCAAGGGCGUGUUUGCAAUGCCCCAGGCAGCGGGGAUGUGGCUUCGCGGAGUCGGAAGGAACGGGAAGGACACCCUGGCGAACAUCAUGGAGUGCAUCCUCGGCUCCUACUCCUGCUCGAUCGACUUCGACUCCCUGCUGCGCGUGGCGGACCCCAACAAGCCGAGCCCGGUGUGGGCGAUGUGUCGCGCGAGGAGAUUCGUGGCGAUUCGCGAGGUCGACGGCGUGGAGCAGAUCCGGCUUCAGGUGUAUAAGCGGAUGACGGACCCCAACAGUCAGAUGAUGGGGCGUGACCUCUACGAAAAACUUGUGAGGUACAAACCUCAAUUUGUGGCCUUUUUCGCCAGCAACCAUGCGCCGCCGUUGACGUCGGAGUUCUCGGUGAAGGAGCGCUCGUACAUCAUCGAGCACGUCUCCGUCUUCAAGGACGUCCCCACCGAGUCCAACGAGCGCAAGUGGGAGCCGAUCGAAGACACCCUCCAGCGCGACCGCCCCUCGUACUUCGCCAUCCUGUUCCUGAUCUACAAGCACCUCCUGCAUGGUGUGAAGAUGCGCUCGAUCGGCCCCGUCCCGACUUCCUCCCACAACCUCUCCGUGAUGGAGCUGAAGGAUGCCACGAAGGAGCUGGUGAGGAAGUUCAUCAAGGAGAGAUUGAUCAAGGCGCAGGGCACGGCAAAGGCCACAGUCCGGGAUGAGAUCUACGAAGAGCUGUCGGAGGUGCUGAACAACAGCCCGGAGAUCCUGGCGGAUGCGCACCAGAAGCGGCGAAAGCUGAACCCCGCGGACCUCUUGAAGGCUGAAGGGUUCGUUGAGAAGAGAGGCAAGGGUCCUGCGGACAGCAAGGGCAAGCGGCCGAACGUGAACCUGAUCUACUACCGCUUCGCGGACUCGAACGGCGUGAAGGCGCUCGACGACAGCCCGGCGCACCUGCUCCCGGCCAGCGCUGCAAGGACGAGUGUCAUCGCAUCGGCGCUUGGCGCCGUGAGACUGAGAGUGGUUUCGCGCUCGUUUUGUCAGCGGCUCUUUGUUACCUGGGACCGGGGGUCCGUCCGAGAGGUCGCGGUCGUGCCGCGAUUCGAUUCCGAUGGCGAGGCCGCGCAGGAGUACUCGUCUCGUCAUGUUUCGAAGCAGCUACUCCCGAUCAGGCGGCGCCGGCCCGGCCUGAGACAGCUGAGACAGCUGAGACAAGAGGCCAAAUAG